AUGUCAGAUUACAACACAACCAGCGUAAACAAUCCCUCCACCUUCAUGUUGCUGGGCAUUUCUGGCCUGGAGGCAGCCCAUGUCCGGAUCUCCAUUCCCUUCUGUGCCAUCUACGCCAUAGCUGUCGUGGGGAACUUCACCAUCCUGUUCAUCGUGAAGAUGGAGCAGAGCCUCCAUGGGCCCAUGUACUAUUUCCUCUGCAUGCUGGCCAUCACUGACCUGGUCCUGUGCAUGUCCAUCCUGCCCAAAAUGCUGGCAAUCUUUUGGUUCAAUUCCAGAGAGAUCGAUUUCAGUGCCUGCCUCACCCAGCUGUACUUCAUUCAUUGCUUCAUAGUGAUGGAGUCUGGGAUCCUUGUGGCCAUGGCUUUUGAUCGCUACGUGGCCAUCUGUGAUCCUCUGAGACAUUCCAGUAUCCUGACAAACCCUGUUGUGACCAAGAUUGGCCUGGCCGUGGGGCUACGUGGCAGCAUGCUCGUACUGCCCUAUGUCUUGCUGGCGAGGCAGUGGCCAUAUUGCAGAACUAACAUCAUCCCACAAUCAUAUUGUGAGCACAUGGCUGUAGUGAAGUUGGCCUGCGCUGACAUCCGUGUCAGUAGUUACUACGGUCUCUCUGUUGCAAUCUUGGUGAUCAGUAUGGAUGUGCUUUUUAUCACCGUGUCCUAUAUCCAAAUCCUCAGAGCUAUCUUCAGCCUCCCCACAAAGGACGCCCGGCUCAAGACUUUUGGGACUUGCAUCUCCCACUUCUGCACCAUCUUAGUCUUUUACAUCUCAGCUCUCUUCUCCUCCCUCACGUACCGAUUUGGCCACAAAGUGCCCCUGCAUUUCCACGUUCUCAUUGCCAGUGUCUACUUCCUGCUGCCCUCCAUGCUAAACCCCAUCAUCUAUGGAGUGAGGACCAAACAGAUCUGGGACAGGCUGCUCUGGCUCUUUACUCAUAAAUGGACCUAA